UGUGACGUCACCGGACCGGAGGCCGGGUGAUCCUCCAACGCGGCUCUUUCUGUGCAGUCACACGGGUCGAGAAUCAACAGCACAGGCCGGGAUUUUGGAGCGAGGCGGUGUCCCCACCCCUCCGUCCGUGUCUGUGUCCGUCUAUGUGCGUGUGUUCAGGCCGGUGCUCUCGUGAUUCGGUAACCGGGGGAAGAUGGCGGACCCGGCGGAGUGCACCAUUAAAGUCAUGUGCCGUUUCAGGCCGUUGAACAGCUCGGAGGUGACAAGGGGGGACAAAUACAUCCCUAACUUUCAGGGACAUGACAGCGUCGUGAUCGGGGGUAAGCCGUAUGUGUUUGACAGAGUUUUCCAGUCCAACACGACACAGGAGCAAGUGUACACAGCCUGCGCUCAACAAAUUGUCAAAGAUGUACUUGCUGGAUAUAACGGAACCAUUUUUGCCUAUGGUCAGACGUCCUCAGGCAAAACACACACAAUGGAGGGAAAUCUCCAUGAUACAGAUGGUAUGGGAAUUAUUCCCAGAAUAGUGCAAGACAUCUUUAACUACAUUUACUCUAUGGAUGAAAACCUGGAAUUCCACAUUAAAGUGUCAUAUUUUGAGAUUUAUCUGGAUAAAAUUCGGGAUUUGUUGGAUGUUUCAAAGACUAAUUUAUCUGUACACGAAGAUAAAAACAGGGUUCCUUAUGUCAAGGGUUGCACUGAACGGUUUGUUUGCAGUCCAGAUGAAGUGAUGGACACUAUUGACGAGGGCAAAUCCAACAGACAUGUAGCUGUGACAAACAUGAAUGAGCACAGCUCUAGAAGUCACAGUAUCUUCCUGAUCAACGUCAAGCAGGAGAACACACAGACAGAACAGAAGCUCAGUGGGAAACUCUACCUGGUCGACUUGGCAGGCAGUGAAAAGGUCAGUAAAACAGGAGCUGAAGGCGCUGUGCUGGAUGAAGCCAAAAACAUCAACAAGUCUCUCUCAUCUCUGGGCAACGUGAUAUCGGCCUUAGCCGAGGGCUCGACAUAUGUUCCAUACAGAGACAGUAAAAUGACAAGAAUCUUGCAGGAUUCUCUUGGUGGAAACUGCAGGACCACCAUCGUCAUCUGCUGCUCUCCUUCCUCAUUCAAUGAAGCUGAGACUAAAUCUACUCUUAUGUUCGGCCAGAGAGCUAAGACUAUCAAGAAUACUGUGUGUGUCAAUGUGGAGCUGACAGCAGAGCAGUGGAAGAAGAAAUACGAGAAAGAGAGAGAACGAAACAAGAGCCUCCGAAGCACCAUCACAUGGUUGGAGAACGAACUUAACCGGUGGAGAAAUGGUGAAACGGUACCUGCCGAGGAGCAGUACGAUAAGGAAAAGGUUAAUGCAGAAGUGUUGGCACUGGAUAACACCAUUAAUAAUGAUAAAUUUGCCUCCACACCAAGUAUGCCGCCCAUGCCAGGAAUGCUCGGGGCACGACUUACUGGUGUCGAGAAGGAUAAAUGUGAAGUUGAACUCGCCAAACUUUACAAACAACUCGAUGACAAGGAUGAAGAGAUUAAUCAGCAGUCUCAGCUGGUGGAGAAGCUCAAGCAGCAGAUGUUGGAUCAGGAGGAGCUGCUGGCCUCUUCACGCCGAGAUCAUGAUAACCUGCAGGCAGAGCUCACUCGUUUGCAGCUGGAGAACGAAGCAUCCAAAGAGGAGGUGAAGGAGGUGCUGCAGGCCCUGGAGGAGCUCGCCGUCAAUUACGACCAGAAGAGUCAGGAGGUGGAGGACAAAACCAAGGAGUUUGAAGCGCUCAGUGAGGAGCUCAGUCAGAAAUCUAGCACCCUGGCAUCUAUUGACUCAGAGCUGCAGAAACUGAAAGAAAUGGCCAAUCACCAGAAGAAGAGGGUGACUGAGAUGAUGUCCUCUCUGCUCAAAGAUCUGACUGAGAUUGGCAUUGCUGUGGGCAACAAUGACAUCAAGCAGCAUGAAGGCAGUGGUCUUAUAGACGAAGAGUUCACUGUAGCCAGACUCUACAUCAGCAAGAUGAAGUCCGAAGUCAAAUCAAUGGUCAAACGUUGCAAACAGCUGGAAAACACUCAAUCUGAGAGUAACAAAAAGAUGGAUGAAAGUGAAAAGGAGCUUGCAGCAUGUCAGUUACGCAUCUCCCAGCACGAGGCGAAAAUUAAAUCUCUGACCGAGUACCUGCAGAAUGUAGAGCAGAAGAAGAGACAGCUGGAGGAGGAUGUGGACUCUCUCAGUGAAGAGCUGGUCAAAAUCAGCGCUCAGGAGAAAGUUCAUGCGAUGGAGAAAGAGAGUGAGAUUCAGAGUGCCAAUGAGGUUAAGGAGGCGGUUGAGAAGCAGAUCCAGAGUCACAGGGAGGCUCAUCAAAAACAGAUCAGCAGCCUGAGAGAUGAGCUGGAAACCAAAGAGAAACUCAUCACUGAUCUGCAAGAUCAGAAUCAGAAGAUCAUGCUGGAACAGGAGCGUUUAAGGGUGGAACAUGAGAAACUCAAAUCCACCGACCAGGAGAAGAGCCGCAAACUGCAUGAGCUCACUAUGAUGCAGGACCGCAGGGAACAGGCCAGACAAGAUCUGAAAGGCUUGGAAGAGACUGUGGCUAAAGAGCUGCAGACUUUGCACAACCUCAGGAAAUUGUUUGUUCAGGAUCUGGCAACUCGUGUUAAAAAGAGUGCAGAGAUGGACUCUGAUGAGACUGGUGGAAGUGCUGCUCAGAAACAGAAGAUCUCUUUCCUGGAGAACAAUCUCGAACAGCUCACUAAGGUCCACAAACAGCUGGUGCGUGAUAAUGCUGACCUGCGCUGUGAGCUUCCUAAACUGGAGAAGCGUCUGCGGGCCACAGCCGAGCGAGUGAAGGCUCUGGAGACUGCGCUCAAAGAGGCCAAAGAGAACGCAGCUCGUGACCGCAAGCGCUACCAGCAGGAGGUGGACCGCAUCAAAGAGGCCGUCAGAGCCAAAAACAUGGCCCGUAGAGGACACUCCGCACAGAUAGCUAAACCAAUCAGACCUGGACAGCAACCUGUAGCUUCUCCUACACACCCCAAUGUGCUGCGUGGAGGCGGUGGCGUCCUCUACCAGAACAGCCAACCUAUGCCCAUCAGAGGAGGUGGCACUAAACAAGAGAAGAGCUGAAGACGAUGUUUCUCCCAACACUACCGAAGCUGCAAGAAUGCAAAAAUGUCUUCAUGGAAACCUGUCAUUCCAUUAACAUAAUCCCUCCUGCUGCUGCACAUGGGAGGACGUGCGAAUCGAAAUAUUCAUGGCUGUACAGUUCCACUCCCUAUCAAGUUCACCUCCCUCCCCUCCCUCCCUCCUCCAAAGCAAAUUAUUUUACGAAAAUUGCACUCACACAUGCACCAAACAUGACAUUUUAAAAGAAAGGAAAUCAAGAAAUAAACAUAAGCAAUGUGAACAGUUGACGCGGUCCUGUGCAAUCAGCUCUAAUCAACCCAAACACACCCGCAGUCUUCAGCUGCACAUCUGUAACCUCUUAAAAACUACUGCCUGAUAACUGCGCAGAACACCUCGCUCCUGGCUUGACUUUAUACAGGCCAGAAUCUAGACUGCAGCAAGCUUGAAUAGAAAACAAAUACCAGAGUAAAAGAGCAUCGAUCGUGUGUAUCACUACAAACUCCUGAGUUAACAGGGUCAGAUCUGAAAACUGAUGGUUUUUACUUUGUGUAAUGGAUAACGGUUGUUUAUGGGAAGGUGGAGAGGAUUGUAGACGCGUGUAACCAGGCCUACACAGCAGGCUAAAGUUGGAAGCAUCUCAAUUUAUUGUCGCCAAGGGGAUUGAUUGCAUUUUUUUAAAGCAAAUAUAAUAUCUGAAGGUUGUCCUGUCCUGCUGUUCACACAUUUCACUUCUUGCGUAUCGAAAGUCAUAUUUAAAGCUCAUUUGUGUUGUAUUUAAAGCUCAUGUGUUGAUUAUUUGUACUUUAUUUUGCUUUAAUCCACACUAAUAUGUCAUUGUGUGUGACAUCAUUGCUUGCUUGCGCUCCCACUGUUACUGAUCAGCCAAUCAGGUUAGCAGAAUGACGGAGUGAGCUACAUAUGUUAAUAACUUAUUAUAUCACUGAUGACUUUAGAGAUUUGUUGCUUAGUUUGACAUUAAAUUAUGUAAUAUUCUCAUUGAAGCUAGCCUUAAAUAUUAAUGCUUGGACUUUACACACUCCAGGAAUUGUUAAAAGAAGGUUAUGACUCGUGAAUGACAGGACACAACAACCUUCCGUAUCGUUUUUCAGCUGCAUUGGGUGUUUUAUACCUUUAAGUGACGUCACAAGGACCAUUUGAGAGCGCAGGUGUGUUAUUAGUCCUUAAGUUCUUCCCUUUUCAGUGCAUGAAGGAUAAUUAAUGUUCAUGGGGAAUGCCACACGUUUAAUGAAAACCUAAAAUAAAUAAAUAGCAAUGUUUUUUUUAUUACUGUGUAAUAGUAACUCCAUGAGUGAUUGACAGAGAGUUCCACCAAUGGACAGAGGCACUGGAUCAUUCCAACAGUACAAGGUGUUUUUGGAAGAUUCUGGUUGAUGGAAAAGAAAGAGACGGGAUGAAAUUACUGAUGACACUUCUUUCUGGAUGGACUGCAUGACAUGUAUGUGUGAUUAAAUCAAUAUUCUGAAAAUAAGAA